AUGAAUAAUCCAUUGACACAGCCAAAAUUCGACCUCACCCUACGAAUAAUAGAUCUCAACAACGUCCCCCUCGUAACCGGCACCGCCUUCAUAAAAUACAGCCUCCCCUCCUCCUCUGCCACCAGCGGCGAGCACACGGGCCGCACAGAGCGCUGUCCCAUAACAGAGCACAAAGUACAGUUCGACUACGCGCGCACCUUCCCCGUACGCCUCACCAUCGACAAGAGCAACAAUCUGUCCGAAUGUCCCAUCCACUUCGAGAUCCUGCAAGAAUUCCACUCGGGCACCGUUACAAAGGUCGAGCGCGUACCACUGGGGCAUGUGGUGCUGAAUCUCGCGGAAUAUGUAGAGGAGAGCGAUCAGGUCGAUGGGGAAGAGGGGGUGGUGAGGAGGUAUCUGUUGCAGGAUAGUAAGAUCAAUAGUACGCUGAAGAUCGGGGUAUUCAUGAAGCAGAUUGAUGGGGAGAGGAAUUUCGUGGCGCCGCCAUUGAGGACGGCAGCUGUGUUUGGGGGAAUUGCGGGGAUUAUGGCGGGGGAGAGAGAGGGUGUGGAGGAGAAUGUUGGACGUAUGUUCCAUC